AUGCUUUUGGCAGCUUACCUCGGCGACACGGUGUGGGAGUAUCUGGUUCUGCGGCAUCAGUACCAGCAGGUGGUCCGAAGUCCCUUCACAGAGAGUCAAGAGGUACGGACCAUUCGUCAAGGCAGAGCUGCCGUCAUGCUACAUCGCAGCGGGGUUCUCACUGGGCGAGAGCGUGAAGUACUUCUCGAAGGUGCUCAGAAGGUAUGGCUGCAGAAGGUCCGAUGGAAUUUUGAGGGCAUCCGGCAAGUGGGCAUCAACCUGCGCAUGGCAGAGUUAGACCCGGAUGAUGUGGACAGCAUUACUGAGGGCACCUAUGUCUACUGGAUGGACGAAAGUGAGUCCAUCCCCCGCGGCAGCCUUGGAGAGGUGCUUGAAGUGGACGGCGCGACGAGAAAGGUGAAGUUUCCCAAUGAAAUCACCAGCGUCGACGCGUCCAAGCUCCAGGCCUCAGACUUCCAGAAGAGCACUUUCGUCCACCUCGCGAAAAAAGGCGACAUGGAUGAAAUCGGAGAAGUCAAGAAACUGAUCUUGGACGAGGGGUCGCCUGGGAAGUUGUUGGUAAACUUCCAUGGGGAGGACUACAAAGAGAAGCCCAAGAACUUGAUCAAGUGCAGCCUUCAAGCUGGCAUGUUUGUGUUUUGGUGCAAGACAGAUGAAGACAUCCCACAAGGCCAUGCGGGUGAGGUGCUUCACGACUUAAACGAGAAAGGCAAGGUCAAGGUGCAGUUCCCCAACGGAAAAUGGAAGUUCAGACCGCGGGAUUUGGUCUUGUGCAAUGUGCAGCCUGGCUCCUACGUGCGCUGGUCUGAAAGCGAUGAAGACAUUGAAGCUGGCGAGCUUGGAAAGGCAACAGGAGAAAUCAACGACUCCGGCAAAGUGAAGGUGGCCUUUGCCAAAGGCACGUGGAGUUUCAAACCCGACACGUUGAUCCCUUUCGACAUCCAGCUGGGCGCCUUUGUGCGCUGGGACAAUGAGGAUGUGAAGAAGAAAGACCUGGGGCAGGAUGAAGAUGUGAAGAAGAGGGUGGUGGGGAUCAAGGUGGCAGAUGGCAGCUUGCGCGUGCAAUUUCCUGCAGGGCGGUGGAAGUUCCGCCCGGAGGAGUUGACUCUGUGCCGAAUCCAACCUGGGCACCUCGUCACUUGGGUCCGGUGGGAUGAGGACAUUGGACGUGGGGAUAUCGGCGAAGUGGUCCGUUUGGAUGACAACAAACUGUCCAUUCAGUGGCCCCAACUGCACUGGAGCAUGAGGACGGAUGAAGUUGAGAAGUUCAGAUUCCAGAAGGGGGAUCGGGUGCAGUGGACCAAGUCUGAUGAUGACAUACCACAAGGACACAUGGGUUAUGUUAUGAGCGUCUACUACGACGAGGACGAUUCUGGAAAGACCACUGGGAAUCGACUCAACGUCAAGUGGCCCAACGGGAGAUGGAACAUGAAGCCUUAUUCUUUGUUGCCCUUGAAUUUCGAUGUAGAUGGAGCAAAUCAAUUGAAAUUAUCUUUCAAGCGCUUUGACAAGAAUGGAGAUGGCAAGCUUUCGGAGGAGGAGCUUGUGGGGGUCCUCAGUCACCUAGGUGGUGAAGGUGGAGCUGGUUUGGCCCCAGAAGAGUGCAAGCAGCUUUUCGAGGCCUUGGACCGUGAUUCAAACGGAAAGCUCACCGUCGACGAGUUCCUCGACUAUGUCUUCUCAGAUGCAAGCGCUGCCGCACGGAUGGUUCUGGCCGAUGGUUUUAGCUUGGAUGCAUUCUUCGGCUUCCCAGAAGAAGGGCCAGACGUUGUAAGUGAUGAUGACGAGCCGAAGAUGAAGAGUAUGGCUUUUGAAGGCUUUGAGGAGAUGAAAAGUUCAGUCCCCCCAGAGGCUGCUGGAGGCAUCGACGGGGACACGGAGGUCUCGCGCACUGAGUGGGCAACUGCUAUGUUGAACGUGGGUGUUCCUCGCGCGGCAGCGCUGACAUGCUUUGACGAGGUUUUGCGGGAGCUUGGCGGGAACGGUGACGCGUUGCGGUUAAAGGAUCUCGCGGGCGAGCUGAAUGGUCUCGUCGGUGCUGCUGGCAUUGAGGAGCUUCGCGCUCCCAUCGGUCAGGUGAAGAAUGGAGAGGUGCGUGUCAUAGAUCUCAACACGCCCUCUGAGGAUGUGCGGCUCGAGCGUGACUUGGCCCAGAAGACCGGCAUUGAUGGGCUGAUGUACCAUCUCUUCUGUCACAAUCAGUCUCUCAAGGACGCAGCAGCCCACCUUCCGGAGGCGAUGCUUUCGGAGCUUGAGAGGAAAGUGCUCAGCGAGAUGGGUGCGGGGCAGCUAGUCGAGAGAGUCCUAUCUGCCUGGGAAUGUUCCCACACGCUUAGCGCUGUGGUCGUGCAGGGAAAGCUCCACAACAGCUUCUUCCUCAGCGCCUUGGCGGCUUUGGCCGGUCGGAAGUGCUUUCUGCGGCAGGCCGUGGUGGCCUAUUAUGAUGUGGAGGUUGGCGUCUAUGGGGUGAUGUUCUGUGAGGAGAUGCACUUCACGUAUGUGAUAGUGGAUGACUACCUGGCCAUGACACUCUGGGAGAAGGUGAGCAAGAAGCUAGAGAAUGGGGAGAUCAUGACCACCUUGUUCAAACAACCCUGCAAGGGCAGAUUUUCGGGGCAUUCGACCUCAGAGAGGGGUCCGUUCGGCCUCACACCCGCAGUUUGCGGCUUGCUGGCGGACAGUAGCUAUGCUGUUCUGGGAACAGGGCAAGUGGAAGGUCACAAGUUGAUACGUCUGCGAAAUCCCUGGCCUUCCAGGGAAUGGACGGGACCUUGGUGCGAUGGCUCCAGGCAGUGGACCGAGGAGGCGAAAGCGCAGCUGAAUGCCGAAGCAGAGAAGCAGGACGGUGCGUUUUGGAUGGAGAACGUUGAUUAUGUUGACCUGGCAGUGAGGCUGCGCAUGAAUCGACCCUUUGGGCCUACCUGGCAGUGUGCUGUUCAGUAUGGAACCUUUGGCCAUCCGUCGCCAAACAUUUGCAUGGCCGUUCGGGAUGUGCGCGGCGGCAAGUAUGAGAUCAGCUUCAAGCGUGGGGACAAGAUCGAACUUCCGGAGCAUGACCACAACAUGGGUGACUACCGUCAUGGCAAGCAUCUGGCCUCUGGAGAGGAGGGCUACUUCAGGACUAUCCAUGUGGACUAUGGAAUCCAUGACACUUACAAGUAUGAGCUCACACUCUCGAAUGUGUUGCAUGAUUCACAAGUGAUAGUCGCCUUGAUGCAGCAGAAUGUGAAGAAGAUGCGAAUGCAUCGGUGGUUGCCCAAUAACGAGCCUGGCCAAAACAGCUAUGUCAUAGAGUAUCCGUGCUUCACCGUGAAGAUUCAAGACAGUCGUGGACAGGAACAACUCUUUUAUGGGAAAGGGCGGGCCGGACACGCGAUCUUGAACCCAUCCAAUGGCCCAUUCAAAGUCUAUGUUUGCUGCAACUCAACAGAUUUCCGCCGAUUUGCGAUCUAUGCCUUUGCCCCUCAGGGUGAGUUGCAAUGGAAACAGCUCGAAUGUGACCGUGAUCAAUGGAUAGCAGAGGUUGGCGCCAGUAACAAUGUCAACCUCAUGCGUGACCGAGUCUACAACAACUCCGCCCUUGCGCUAGGCUCCUACAUUACUCUUGGUGAAGCCCUCCUGCACGCACACCCAAUGGUGGGUGGGGCCAUUUUGGCAACAGCUGGGACCAUCAAGGACAUUAUCACCACGAAUCCUGUCGAUGCAGCUGGCCGGGUGAUGUCAGUGGCUGCGGAUGUCGCUACCAGUGAUGAAGCUGCAGAGCUGGCAGGUCACGUUGGGAGCAUGGUGCAGUAUGCUGCUGCCUUGGGGUGCAGGGUGGGGUACCACAUGAUGUUUGGAUGA